AUGGAUCGUUUUCUAGCAUAUUUUCGUCCUCAAUCAUUACUUUUGCUUUCUCCCAUACGACGAUUAUCAUCAUUUAAACCAAAAUCAUUUGAUUUAAAAGCACGUAUUGUUGGACGUAAAAAAACACUUCGUGCUUUAUUAGAUUUAGUUGAUCAAUUGGAUGCCUCCUAUUUAACUUCAGAAAAAAAUUCAUCUACCCCACCAUUAGUUGUUGAUACUACAUAUUUAUCACUAAGAGAUCCUAAUCCACGUUUUCCAUUACCUGGACGUAUUGGACCAGAUCAACAAUCAAAAACUAUUUCUACACAAUCAAUACCAAAACUUGAUCCAAAUCGUUAUGGUAUAGAUGGUAAACUUAUUUUAGAUGAAAUAUUAACAAUAACUUUACCGGUUGAUCAUCAAAAAGAUUCAAUAAUACAAUUAAUGGGUACACAUAUGAUUUUAUCAUCACCAACAAACAAAACAGAAUUUCUUUCGAAUUUAAUUAAUCAUGAUAAUUUAGAAAUUCGUGCAUAUGAUUGUCCAUCAUUAUUACGUUAUGAAUUACAUCGUUUAUUUUUAAAUUAUAAUGUUUUAGUACAACCAUUAACAGCUAUAACAAUUAUAUUGAAAACAAAUUCUGAUAUGUCAACAUGGUCUCCUAAAGUAGAAGAAGAAAGAAAUGACUUAACAGAUCAAUUUAUUAAAUUAGCACAUGAAAUGUGUGCUUAUUUAACUGCAAAACAAUAUUGGGCUGAUUUCAUUGAUCCAUCUAGUGGUCGUCCUUAUUAUGGUCCACAUACAUCAGAUACAUUAUUUGAAACUGAUGAACGUUUUCGUUAUUUUGGUAUAAAUAUUGUUGAUUUAGGUUGUUGUCGUGUUGUUGAACAUUUACAACAUGGAACACAUAUAUUUGUUGGUUGUGUAUUUACAAGUGCAUUGAAGAAUGAUCCAAAUGUUCAACAUCUUCUCAAAGAAUUUGCAACUCCUCAUCUAAAAAACCAACCACUUCAAGACGCAACAGAAAACAAGAAUGACAAUGAUUCCGUUUUGUCAGCCAUUAAUUUAGAAUAA